UCAAUCUUUGUUGUUGUUUGGAGAAGACGGAUCUAAUGUGUACCUGGCUGUUGUUAGCAAUGUCAAGUUAGCUAGGUCGCCAUUUUGUUUUAGCUAUACUUAAGAAUUCAGGUCUCUACCUGGAUUUAGCCGAAACGGUAAAUUACCCAAACUAAAUUUGAUAUCUCCCGUUAGCGAUUAUGAAUCGGCGGUUGACCGAUAUAACUUGGCUGACGUUAGAAGUUUUGGGCAAAGAUAACGUUGAUCUAUGGUUAGCCUUUAAGCCUGGAUAUAACACUAGUCAGAAUGGUUUUGAACAUUUUGACAGCCUUAUGAUUACCUGGCAGUGGAAGUCAUAAUGGAAUAUUUGAUAGCUUACUUUAUCAUUAAAGUAAUUGCUGUUAAGCAGGGAGACCUUAGCCACGGGGAGCUUGCAAUCACGUUAUGGCUUGUGCACCCUCAAAGAAGCUUGGCCAGCCAAAUAUGCACCCUGUCAACGUGGUGCGUAACAUGUCGUUUUCUCAUAUGACUGUUGAUGGAAAAUACACAUCCAGUUAUUUGCACAUGGUCUGACAUUUGAUUGCUGUUUUGCUUACACCUUACUCAGAUGGAGAAGUCGAUUAAAGUGUUGUCUGUUUUUUUGUUAACUUUGUCUUUUGUAAAAGUAACUUGGUGCUCGCUAUUCAUGCAGGCUUUGUUUUUAGUUUUAUUGAAACACUACAUAAAAGCUUAAUACCAGGCCUUUAAAAUAGUAGUGUGUUAAUUGGUUUGUAUGAAUUGUCAAUGCUUGUAGAGCUGUUGCAAUUCUACAAUCUCAAUCAAAGGGUGUUUGACAUGCUAAAUAUGUUAUUGCAUCUGGUUGUCAAUAAUGAAUAAAAGUGCAAACAAACAGACUUAAUAGAAUUGUCAGUAGUAAGAAACAUUACAUUUUCAAAACACACUAUGGCCAUCGAUCUAAAAUGGUAUUUCUUUUUUUAACAACAAAAACUAGGCAACUAGGCUACUAGGCUUUACCAUGCCAUGGGAAUAUAUACAGAUUCUAGCAUCAGAAAAUCAAUCAUUAGUCCCCUGUUUGAUGUGUAAAAUAACUAGAAAUUGGUUGUUAGGCCUUGCUAUCCUAUGGAUCUAUUGCACCAGGUUAUUUAGCCUCCCUGCUGGAUUGGUUCAUUAUCAAAAUGACCAAGGGUUAAGCAGGUAAUGUCCAACCCCAUACAUACUGUAUUCUGCUUGUAAUCUUGGCUAAACGAUUCACACUGAUUAACUCAAUAGCCUGAAUGUUCUUUGGCCUCAACGAGUAAACAGGAAGGAGACAUUACUGGCCCUUCAGACAGAGUGACAGUUUGAAUCAGAUCUAAUUUGUUGUGUUGAAGUUGCACUGAGAAAAUGGGAACCUUUCUUAUCAAUAAAAAUGUCUGUAUAUUUAAGGCGAUAGAUCAAAAAUCCAAGUUUGAUUGAUGAGGGAUUGUUCUGGUAAGUUUAUAUUUAAAUUGGGAGGUGAAGUGGACAUCUCCAGAGAUGUCAGAACAACCCCUGUUGCCUCCCCAGCCAUCUUCAUAUCUGAUUCACCGCAUUUCAUUGACGUCAGACGGACUUCCUGUCUUGGCAUGUGGCAGGAUGGUCUACCAAAAAGUUGCUGGCACAGCCAACACACAUUCUGACAGCGUACAGUUUUAGUUCCUCGUAACUUUUACAUCUUAAGUUGUUUUGUUUUUUCCCCCUUGUGGAUCAUCAUUAGUUGUGCCAGGCCUUUGUUGAGGUUAGACUUUACACUUUACACUCUAAGGCCAUGUCCCAUCGUUCAGUUCCGUGUGACGCACCAAAACACAAACAUUCUACCCUGCUGGGUUUCAGUUCUUGGUGAGGUUUGCGAAUGCAGCGGCAUUGUAAACAAACCAGAUGUGGUGAAUAAAACCUAUGCAGAUAAACACAUUAACCUGUGUGUAAAGCAAACCGCUGUAAGUAACAUGAAUAUAGAGGCAACAUGCAGAAGGAAGUCUAGGUGAGCUUGCAACUUGCCUGACUGCAAUAUGGUAGCCACAGAGGUCGCCCUGUGCCUGGUCUGUGUCGUGUUCUUACGUCAAAGAAAUUGCUCAAGAGUUUGUUUGUAAGCAGACUGAGAGUAACCUUUCCACAAGGUCUUGGUUAACUUACUUAGUAGGCAUCAAAUUUUGCCUGGUGAAAUUUCACACUUCACACAAAUGUUUGGGCAGCACCCGCGAAAGCUGACAUUGCACCAGGGUUCAGCUCAAUUGAACCAAGCAUGCUAGGCCUACCAUUUAGAUGAACACAACUUUAGUUAUGCCAAAAGUAUCAUAACAGUCUGAAGCCCAGUGUUUUUUUUUUGUUUUUUUUUUGCAGAGGUUUGUGAACAAUACACAUACACAUUUGUUUUGAAAGUAUAUGAAAAACGCCAGGGUUCUCCAGCAGAUCUACUGUUAAGGCUAUUUUUGAAACUUGCGUGUGGAAACCCUGCCUCGGCUGUGUUUUUGUGUUGGAUUAAUCUGUAUCUCUGGGGCUUCGGUCAAGCUGGCCAGCAGUGAGCUUUUGAUUAUUUUGUCUCUCACUCGUGCUCUCUCUCUCUCUCUCUCUCUCUCUCCAUUUGUGUGUGUGUGCUCACACUCUGUGCACUGUGGCAUGCACAUAUUAUGUAAUGCAGCCAGGCCUGGAUGGCUCAGGAGUUUGUCCUAGGAAGCAUUCCAGGGGAUUGGCCAUCGAGUGUCAACUAACAGCCAUUGGGACGGGAGUACAGCUGGUGGUUGUGGGGGGGGUGUCUAAAUGGACUGUAGUAGUGAAGGAUCAUGCUCACUUGUCACACACACUUGUUGACUCUAGAUUGCGGCAGGUUUGACUCUGAUAAAUCAAUGGUUUGUCUACGUGCUAGCUUGGUCAAUCUGUAGAUGAGCCUCAGCCUGUACUAGACAUGGACGGAGCCUUCUGAACCACAGAUCGGUGUUGCAGCAAGACUGGCCUACCGGUUCCCAUCAUUGCUUUUUUUGUAUUGUCAAACCUCCAUUGAAGGAGCUUAUUGCCAAGAUUCGAAUUAUUAUUGGAGAGGGUAGCCUACUGCAUCAUCAUUGGUUGAGAGUUCCCACGAUCAUGGAAAUCCUGGAAAAGGUGAGCUCCGAGCGCAGGAAGGAGAAGUCCCGCGAUGCCGCUCGCAGCCGCCGAGGCAAGGAGUCGGAGGUGUUCUACGAGCUGGCCAACCAGCUGCCCCUGCCCCACAAUGUGACCUCCCACCUGGACAAGGCCUCCAUCAUGAGGCUCGCCAUCAGCUACCUGCGCAUGAGGAAGCUGCUCAACACGGAUGUGGAGGAGGAGGAGGAGUCGGAGUUGGACAGCCAGCUCAAUGGUUUCUACCUGAAGGCGCUAGAGGGCUUUCUGAUGGUCCUCUCUGAGGAUGGAGACAUGGUCUACCUCUCGGAGAACGUCAGCAAGUGCAUGGGACUCUCUCAGUUUGAUCUGACUGGAAGCAGCAUCUUUGACUUCGCACACCCCUGUGACCAUGAGGAGAUGAGGGAGAUGUUGGUCCACAGAACAAGCACCAAGAAGGGCAAGGAGCAGAACACGGAUCGCAGCUUCUUUCUGCGCAUGAAGUGCACGCUCACCAGCAGAGGCCGCACCGUCAACAUCAAGUCCUCCACAUGGAAGGUGCUCCACUGUAUGGGUCACGUGCGUGUCCAGGAGGGCGAUGAGGCGCCUGUCGACGGCGGCUUCAAGGAGCCCCCCCUCUCCUACCUGGUGGUGAUCUGCGAGCCAAUACCCCACCCGUCUAACAUCGAAGUGCCGCUGGACAGCAAGACCUUCCUCAGCCGACACACCCUCGAUAUGAAGUUCUCCUACUGUGAUGAGAGGAUCACAGAGCUCAUGGGCUACGAUCCAGAUGACCUGCUGAACAAGUCAGUGUACGAGUACUACCACGCCCUGGACUCCGACCACCUCACCAAGACACACCACAACCUGUUUGCUAAGGGCCAGGUCACCACUGGCCAGUACCGCAUGCUGGCCAAGAAGGGCGGCUUUGUGUGGGUGGAGACCCAGGCCACAGUCAUCUACAACCCCAAAAACUCCCAGCCCCAGUGCAUUGUCUGCGUCAACUAUGUGCUGAGUGGCAUCGUGGAGGGCGACCUGCUCCUCUCCCUGCGGCAGACAGUCACCGACCCCAAGAUAGAGGUGGUGGAGGAAGAGGAUCGGGCUGAGGAGGUGGUGCUGGAGGAGGAAGAGGUGGUGGAGGAGGAAGAGGAGGAGGAGGAGAAGAAAAAGAGCCCAGAGCUGAACAUCACCAAGCUCUUCAUCAGCCACAGCGAGGAGGUCAGCUCGGACAGCCUGUACGAGAAGCUGAAGGCGUCGGGCUCGGACCUCAGCCUCCUGGCCCCUGCUGCCGGAGACACCAUCAUCUCGCUUGACUUCACCGGACCCGACUCUGACCAGGUUCUGAAGGAGGUGCACUUGUACAAUGACGUGAUGCUUCCCUCCACCAGUAAGAAGCUGCCCUUGCCCCUCUCCCCCAUGGAGUCCUCUCCAUCCCUGGCCAGCUCGCUGACCCCUGACCCCGCCACUACCACGUCCAGCUCCAGCCCAGAGACCAGCUCCACGGAGCCCAGUAGCCCCAUGGAUUACUGUUUCCAAGUGGACUCGGACAUUGGGGCCGAAUUCGGUAUAGAUAUGGUGGAGAAGCUCUUUGCUAUUGGCACUGAAGCAAAAAACCCAUUCAGCACCCAGGAAUUGUGUGACCUGGACCUGGAGAUGCGGGCUCCCUACAUCCCCAUGGACGAUGACUUCCAGCUUCGCAUCCCGUCCCCCCUGGAGCCACUUCCGUCCGGCCAUCUCCCCAUGACUGCCAUGAGCUCCAUUUUCCAGCCCCUGCCCACUGACUCCUCCUCUUCAUCCUCUCCGUCCUCCUCCUCCGCCUCUUCACCCAGUGGCAGUGUGGGGCAGCAGGAAGCCCUCUCUCGCGGCCCCUCGCCCCUGCACAUGCUUAUGGAGAGCGGAAGCUCUCCCAACUCCCCGUUACACACGCCGCACCUCCGGGACUCCUCAGACAUACCGCGCAGCCUCUCGGACCUGCUCGACGUCAGCCGUCGCGCCUCCAGGAGGUCAGCUUUGGACCAGUCGUUUUCUCCCAAGAUGCUGGCCCUGCAGAACAGCCAGCGCAAGAGGAAGCUGGAGGAGACCACCACACUGUCCCAGGCAGUCGGACUGGGUGCUUUGCUGCAGAGUAUGGACAGCACCUUAGAGCCUGGCAAGAGGGCCAAAGUGUUGGAGGUGAAGGGCUCCAGUAUGCUUGGUGGGAACAAGACCAUCCUGAUUCUGCCUUCAGACAUGGCGAGUCGUUUGCUGUGCAGCUCGCUGGAAACGAGCGUGGCGAGCGGCCUGCCCCAGCUCACGCGCGACGACUGCGAGGUCAACGCGCCCAUUCAGGAGCGCCACCACCUGCUCCAGGGAGAGGAGUUGCUUCGGGCGCUAGACCAAGUCAUCUGAUUGCUCUCUUACCCCUGCCCCUGUCUCUCUCUCGCUCUCUCACCUGGCAAUACAGGACGUUUCAAGCCCCACCCUCCCGUCCUUGUCCCCCAUGACCAUAGCCCCAGAAAGCCCCCCCCCCCCCCCCUUCUAUUUAUAUUUUCUAUACACAGUUCUUCUGACAUGCCUCGCAAAUUGCACCUUCUGUACAUUUUCAGUCCCACCCCCGCCAACACCCCCCUCCCAAACACACACACACACACACACACACACACACACACACACACACACACACACACACACACACACACACACACACACACACACACACACACACACACCAGCGACGCAGAUGACACCAACCCAAAGGGGAGUAGAAUGUAGACGGAGCACUUGCCUCCUGAUUAUGGAGCCCCAAAGAGUUGGGGGGGGGGGGGGCUUAUGUGUUUGUGUGUGGUGUGUGUGUUAAUUGCGUCAUACAGUGGCAUCAAACAUAACCAAUGGCGAGUUUUCGUAUUUAAAAAGAAAUAAAAAAGGCCUUAAAAGCAAAACACACACUCCCAGAGCGCACACCUCACAAACUGUCUCCUGGCUCCCUAAAGAUACCCGCCCCCUUCCUUAUCCCCAACCCUUGCCCAAAAAAAGAACACGCCUUGUUGUUCUCAAGCAGUGUGUAGCUACAGUCGCACAAUCUAUUUUCUUAAAGAAAAAAAACAAAAGAAACAGAUACCAGCAGUCCAUGCAAUAUACAAAAACCCUUUGUAAUGGAUGAUUACUUUUAAUGGAAGAUUUGAACAAUUUAUUUUUUCUCUGUCUGUCUCGUUUCCUCGUUAGACUAUGUUUUUGACGUUUUUCUGUAGCAGUUUAAUGUAAGAAGUUUUUAAAUGUACGCCUACAUUCUGCUAUACGGUUUUUAAAAAGAAACAUUUCUACCAUGUCGCUGUCCAUUCAUGUUCUUUUUCCGUUGUUGCAGUCUAGUUUCCAGAGAAGCGUGUGGACCACCUACAGAUUAAGUCGCAGAAAGAGUUUGGAAAAUUGAACAAUGUAAACUGACUGUUUAAGGGAAAUCAAUCAAGUCACUCAAACCAUGGAGAGAAACACCAGUGGCCCUUUCCCAGUCGGUGUGCUAGGCCGAUAAGUCGUAGACACACACAUUUCAAGUGUCAAUUUAGGUGAUAUAGAGUUUAUAUUUUUGACUGUCGAGAUUUCCAAACUCACUUUGUAAUAGAUAUCUAGAAGGCUUGUUUUUGUUUUUGAAAUCAUGCUUUAUUAGGAAGCAUUUUAACAGGUUUGUUGAUGUAUUAAACUUUGUCAACGUAUAUGAAUAUAUAUCAGUCGUGCAAAAUCGCAACUCAACUAUCCAUCUUUCAGCUUUCAUUACAGUACUCCGACAGGGAAAUGCAUGGAUCAAGUAAGACAUUUUCUUUCCCGCCGUGUGCUCAUGGAGAUCAUCUUGUAACAAUGUUAGCAUUGUUAAAUCCUUUUGUCUUUCCAUACUUUAGGAGAGUCUUUUCUUCUGUGAUGCGUCACAUUGUAAACCUUCCUUUAAUUCAUCUCUGCACCUGUAUUCUCUUAACACUAAAUGUAUCGUUUAUUGCAUCAUCAGUAAAGGACAAUUGUGGACCAGA